GUCGAACUUUAGACUCGUAUCGUCCCAACCUCGACUUUGAUUUUUGAUUAUAUUCCAAAGUUACACUCACUCAAUUCUCACCACGACAUUUUAUCAAAUUUAUUAUACAUUUCUCCAAGCCAGACGCAGACAGCUGUUGCCGGUAACCUCUACAGUGUUGUGUGUGGUGUUAAUCCGAUAAGUAGUGUGUUUAUACAAAAUGGCAGCGGUUUCUAAUGUAUUGAAAAGAGGUUUUGCUACGACUUCUGUUAAGAAUGUCAUAAAAAAUGUUACUGUCAUCGGUGGAGGAUUGAUGGGAUCAGGUAUUGCGCAGGUGGCAGCACAAGCGGGUCAAACAGUAACCUUAGUCGAUCUCAACGCCGACAUCUUAAAAAAAUCAGAAACCAGUAUCCAAAACAGCAUUUCUCGAGUAGCCAAAAAAAUUCACAAGGAUGACGCCACAGCGAGCCAAAAAUUUGUCACGGAGACGUUCUCUAGGAUCAAAUUCAACGCCGAUCCUUUACAAAAUUUGGCAGAAGCCGAUCUUGUGGUGGAAGCCAUAGUGGAGAAUAUUGAUAUCAAACACAAGUUGUUUAAAAGCUUGGACGAUGCCGCUCCACAAAAAACUAUAUUCGCUUCGAAUACCAGCUCGCUGUCCAUUGGACAAAUAGCUUCAGUGACCAAAAGAAAAGACAGAUUUGCCGGUUUACAUUUCUUCAACCCAGUAGCAAUAAUGAAACUCUUAGAAGUUAUAAGAAUUCCCGAAACUAGUGAAGAAACUUACCAAGCAGUGAUGGCUUGGGGAAAAUCCGUAGGAAAAACUUGCAUUACCUGCAAAGAUACCCCCGGAUUUGUUGUUAACAGACUACUUGUACCGUAUUUGGCAGAAUCUAUUAAAUUAUACGAAAGAGGUGAUGCCAGUGCUCAAGACAUAGACACAGCAAUGAAACUAGGAGCGGGAUAUCCCAUGGGACCUCUCGAAUUGGCCGAUUACACAGGAUUAGAUACAUGUCUUUUUAUUCUGGAUGGAUGGAAUAAGAAAUACCCCGGUAAUCCACUAUUUGAAAGUCCUCAGAUAUUGAGAAAAUUAGUUAAGGAAGGAAAAUUGGGACGUAAGACUGGAGAAGGAUUUUACAAUUAUAAAAAAUGAAAUAAAAUAUUUAAUUUACCUAGUCGUUAAAAUUUUAAACUAAAAUAUUAUUUUUUU